AUGUUAUUUGAUGGUAAACGCAUGAGAAAAUCUGUACAGAGAAAAGUUGUUGAUUAUAAUUCUGCAGUAUUCAAUUAUAUGAAGUCACGAAUUUGGCAGAGAGAUGUAAGAGAUGCUAGAGCUAUACAACCAGAUGGUUUAUAUCAAAUAAAUGUUGAACCACCAUUGAGUAUGUUACAUAAUCCAAUGAAUGCUGUAACAACUAAGUUCGUCAGACAAUCUACUAAUAAGUUCCGAUGUCCAAUAUUUGUCUUAACGUGGACACCAGAAGGAAGACGAUUAGUAACUGGAGCAUCUAGUGGAGAAUUUACAUUAUGGAAUGGUUUAUCAUUUAAUUUUGAAACCAUUUUACAGGCCCAUGAUGUAUCAGUAAGAGCUAUGAGAUGGAGUCAUAAUGACCUAUGGAUGGUUACAGCAGAUCAUGCAGGUUUUAUUAAAUAUUGGCAGACUAAUAUGAAUAAUGUUAACAUGUAUCAAGGUCAUAAAGAAGCUGUUCGUGGUAUAAGUUUUUGCCCCUCGGAUAGCAAGUUUACAACCUGUUCAGAUGACGGAACUGUUCGAAUAUGGGACUUUGUUCGCUGCCAUGAAGAGAGAAUUCUUAGAGGGCAUGGUGCUGAUGUUAAAUGUGUUGAUUGGCAUCCACAGAAAACAUUGAUAGCUUCUGGUAGUAAAGAUAAUCAACAACCCUUAAAAUUAUGGGAUCCUAGAACUGGUAAUAGUUUAGCUACUAUUCAUGCUCAUAAAAAUACAGUUAUGGGAUUACAGUGGAAUCUAAAUGGUAAUUGGUUAUUAACAGCAUCAAGAGAUCAUCUAUUAAAAAUAUUUGAUAUAAGAAAUAUGAAGGAUGAACUUCAACAAUUUAAAGGUCACAAGAAGGAAGCUACAGUUGUGGCAUGGCAUCCAUUACAUGAAGGUAAUUUUGCAAGUGGAGGAUCAGAUGGUGCCAUUAUGUUUUGGGAAGUUGGAUGUGAUCGUGAAGUUGGUAGUAUGGAAGAAGCACAUGAUGGUAUGGUGUGGUCUCUUGCUUGGCAUCCUGGUGGUCAUUUAUUAGCAUCUGGCUCAAAUGACCAUUCUACUAAAUUCUGGUCUAGAAAUCGUCCUGGUGAUAAAAUGAGAGAUAGAUAUAAUUUGAAUAAUCUACCUGCUGGAUAUUUCAUUUCAGAUAUGGAUGUGCAAGCUGUACCUAAUCUACCAGGGAUGGGUAUGGAACAAGAAGCUCCAGUCAAACAAGAAACAGAUGAAAAUGCUAUCCCUAGUAUACCUGGUCUUGACUUUGGCACAGAUUCAGAUGUGUUCAAACAAAUGGAAGCUGCUAAUAUGCCAAAAAAAAAGGUACCAUAUUCAAGACCCAUUCCAAAAUCAUUUGAACAGGCAUGG